GCACCCGUAUCGUGUACACGGGCCAGUUUCUGAAGGCGCUGCGCGACUCGCCGCUGGCCCGCACGCCGCCGGCGGCCAUGGCGCACGUGCCGGGCGUGACCAAGCUGCCGGGCGAUCCGCCGCUGAAGUCGGCCGCCGGCUCCGGCUCGCCGCCGCCCGACGGCGCCGCCGCCGCCGGCGACAAAGCCCAUCACGAUGGAGACGAUCCUCAGUUCGAGAUGGACAUGUGAGCGGUGGAACCGACCUUGGCUCGCCCCGGGCCGGCGCCGCGCCGCGCCGCCGCGCGACGUCCACCUGCGCGCGCCAUCUCUGCCUGGCGGCGGGAACCUGUGGUUGUGCUCGUGGCUCGCCAGGGCUGUGGAAUCCAACGAGAGCGAACGAAUUUGAGCGUCUCGGCUUUUGCUUCGCCGAAUGUGCGGCCUAUGAAAACGGGUUAGGAAUGAUUUAGCUCAAAUUGUUCACUUAACAAUGAUAAACGAUGUAUUGGUUUGAUGUUUUGGAGUCAUUUGAGUGGGCUGAUUUUGUGGCGCUAUGAAUUGCCGGUGCGACUGCUCGUACUGCGAAAUACUGCUCUCAAGACGUGCUUCCCUGGGCGGUGCGCUGGCGUUUCAGUCGUGCUGCGUUCUGUUUAAAACAUAAUCAUUUUCCGAGGAAGCAUCGUAUUUCUUUUUGCCGGCCGAGUGCUGCUGACCACGCGGCAUGACACUGAUUUGCGUGCCGCAGUCUUCCGACACGUUCGGCCUGAGUGGUGUCGUCCUGACGCUGCGCCGCGCUGUUCCGCCAGCUUCUCUGUGACACAUCAGUGUUCAGUGGACCCAGUUUCAGUGUGUUGACGUUUUCGGUUUGGUUCCUCUGUUCUGGCUGGUAGCCGUUUUCUCUGUAGUGUUGGGGCCGGGCUCGUCGGGAUUCGGCGCCGGCCGCUGCUGUCGCCGGCGCGCCUGCGAGAGCGUGCUGUUCCUGCCGGCGCCGGCUGGCCCCAGCUCAGCCGGUGGCCGUCGGCGUCGGUGUCGGGGCAGG